AGAGCCACUCGAUACAAAUUCUCUCCUCCUCCUUUUCCUUCCCAUCAAUUUGGCCACAAUCCUCUCAAUCCUAAAAAUCCCCGAAGCCAUAGCGACUCGAGGAAAAGGCCCAUUAGCUAUAGUACGUUAUGGCUCAAUCCUUCCAAAUAGAGCUCCCUCUCAAUGAGAAUGACUCACAGGACAUGGUUAUUUACCAUGUUCUAAACGAGGCCAUGUCGUUGCACGGCUCGUCUAUCCCACUGCAGAGGAAUUAUCAGAUUACUGCCACCACGUCAUCGAAAAGCGCCCUCGAACCGACUCGGGGCAUCGGGAAGAGUAAUAAGCACUACAGGGGGGUCCGCCGCCGGCCCUGGGGGAAGUACGCAGCUGAAAUCAGGGAUUCGGCGCGGCAGGGUGCGAGAAUAUGGUUAGGGACCUUCGAGACGGCCGAGGAGGCAGCCCUGGCCUAUGACCGGGCUGCCUUCAAGAUGAGGGGGGCCAAGGCGUUGCUCAAUUUCCCAGCCGAAGUGGUGGCCGCUGCCACCUCCUCCUCGACCUCCUCUGCAGCGGCAGAGAGAUAUCAAGCUAAAUCUGGCCUUGAAAGCCAGAACAGGUUCGAUGGCAAGGACCGUCAGUCGAGCUCAAGUACCAUCACAUUUUUAAGUGACGGGUCCCGAUCAGAAUCAGAAGUUAGUAACACCGUAGGUUCAACGGACGUCAAUUCAGACCGUGUUGAGAAGAAAUUGUUCGAAGUUUGAUAUUAAUUCCAAGAGGAGCUUGUUUUCUCUCAAGUCAUGCGUCUUAUGUUUGUGUUAGGACAGAUCCGAGUCUAAAUAAAACUUGCUAUAGGAGAAAAAUCAUUAUGUGUCUAGUUUACGAUUUGCCUUUAAUUACAUUUGUAAUUUCCAACCCAUAAAAUGUACAUGAUUUUGUAUUAAAUUUAUGUGCCUCUACAUGAUCGGGGUGGUGUUUACAUAUGGUUAGUGUUGAUUUGUCUAA